AAUUAAAAACAGUGUUAUUACAUGAACAUAUAGUACAUGUGGUCUUGCAGGACGACGAGAUCUUGUGAAUAAUCGUGAGCUUUCCCUUUAAAUAUGUGUUGUCCACGCACUGAGCUAUGUGGUUUGACUCCCGUUUCUGCGCGUUCCCGAUUAUGGCGCUGUCUAGUGCUGGAAGGAGUGUGAACGCGACCGCCGUACCGAGAUCUCCGUAAACAGCGAAGGAGCACUGUUUAAGAACAGGAUCAUGUCUUUCUAGAGAAAUGUGAAGAAAAUCAAGUCUUCUACUCAGGGGUCGUCCGUGCAAUAUAGAAUAAAAAAUGUAUAUAUAUAUUUAUAUAAGCUAUUCAGCUUUACAUCUUGAAAACUACUGGCGAAAUAACUCGAUUGGGAACUAUAAUUAGCAGAUUUAGCUUAUCAAAUUUGCAAUUAAUUUUGCUCAUCUAAUGGCUCGCAUACAGUAUUUCUGCGAUAUCGGUAUACAUGUCAGUUAUCAUAACUUAAGCUUCCAGUUUUAUGCUUGCUGUGUUGCGGAAUACGGCGCUUGCGAGUGAUGCUGACCAAAGGAAUGCCAUUUUAACAUUGCUACAGUACCCUCUCAGAUUAUUUUGUAGCUAACUGUGUGAAUGUAAAAGCCCUGUUUGUUAUAAUCAUUUAUACAAUUAAUUAAACAACAUGAUUCGGUGUGUAGAAUCAAUUAAUAUCGGACAGUGGGAUGCUACAUAAUAACAACUGAACCACGUAAGAAAACAAGAUAUGUGAAGAGCUAAUAAUAAGGAUUAAUCACUUUAUUAUAGCCCAUGAUGGUUUGAAUGCUAAUGACCGUUUGUGAUGCGCUUAAAACUAUCUAAGCUUUUAUACCGUUUAAAGCCGAGGAUGCAUCAUUACUUCAUUUAUUUUCAAAAUAUCCACAAGGAACAACAUUAAAAUAUAUACAUGUAUAUAUUGUAAUGUAAAUUAAAUAUCAGAUUUUUGUUUAAAGAUAAGAUUUAAGGAAAGUUGUUUUUCUGCAUACUUCCUACGACAUGGCCGUGACGGUAUUUGACUACAUCAGUUACAUCUUUUUCGUGAUCCUUUUUUUCUUCUCGUUGCUGACCGUCGUUGGCUGGGCUGUACAGCAUAGUUUGGGCAAACGGGCUCUUCGUAAGAUGGCUUCGCCGCUUUCUGUUAAUUCAAAACCCAAAAUUUUCCCGCCAGCCGUAUGGGACUCUUUGCUGAAGCUGAGUUUCGGAUGGCAGGAAGAAGACACCUAUAACGGGCUGAAAAGCUUAUUGUCGUCGCUGCUCUCGUUCGAACCCAUGAGGGAAAACUGUCGCCAGGCUUGGGUUCAAGCACUCAAUAAGCAAGCUUGCAGACCCGGGAGUUCAAUACGAAUAAACUUUGGAGAGAACCUGCCGUUUCCAGCGUCUGCUAGCAUUGACUGCAUAACAUAUGCUGACCAAUCAGCACACAGCAUGGUGUUGCACUGCAACUGUACAGUGGAAACAGUAACAUUUCCUGUGACUGUCACCCAGCAGUCACCUGCAACAGUAUCUGUGGAUACAUUCCAGGUUACCAUAGCACCGGUGCAGGCACAGAUGGUAGUGCAUCUGGAGGACAUGGAUAAAGAAGGUCUUCUUGCAUCAUGGACCUUUUCCCAGCAGCCCCUAUUGCACCUGACAGUGUUGCCAUGCCAAGUCCAGCAAGAGGUUGACACAGAGUUUGACUUAAACGUAGUGGGUGAGCUAGUGAAGAGCACUAUUAUCAACAGCCAGCCUGCUGUGGUUCUCUGCCUCAGAACCGGUGAUCCAGAACUCACGUCCCAGGAAGAAAACAGCCACCAUGGAGACCUGAAUCCCAGCUUGCCUGUCCUUUCCGGAGUGCCAGAGUCACACUGUCACUCCUCUUUAAAGAUGGAUGUGGUGGAGAGACAGCCUACAGGGAAUUCAGUGGGUUACCCUGUGGACACCAGUCCCAUCCAAACAUUGGACAGUGAGGUCUCUGACAGGCAGGACUCCAAGGUUGGGGCUGCUGUUCAGCCAAUGGUGGAGUCUUCUGAGAAAGCAGCAAAGGGGACACCUCCCAAGAGGGUCACGCUGAAGGCCCUGAUCGAUGAGGAUGGCUCCACCUCAUUGGCUGGAGGUCUUACAGCGAUGGACACGGGACAUGAGUCGGGCAUGAUGAGGGAGGUCGCACACUCCAACAAUGGCGAGCGACCUUCUGUGUACGACCCUGGAUGGGAGCUGGGUUCCACAGGAGCACUGGAGACACACAGUCUAAAGGACCAGAAAGGGGGGUUCCUCCGCAGCAGCACCAGACUUCUGCUCCGGAAAAAGUCUCGGCAGAAGGACCCCAGUCUCAGCCGGUCCCAUGAGGAUGUUGCCGAUUCGAGCAGCGGCUGCUCACCACGCAGAAGGUCCAGCAGUUUUUCCCGGCGCCUCAUCAAGCGGUUCUCCCUCCGCUCCAGAUCUGGGGGGAAGUCCAACCUGGGUGGGGGUCUGGGCUGAAGGCGGGGGACAGGAGAGCAGGUCAUGUGGGUGAGGUUUUCACCUCAAAGUACUGUGGAAUCAUCUCUUUCGUUUCAGAUUCACCAGAAGGAAACCACUAAUGUUUUUCAGUUCUGAGAUUGAAUUGUGUCUCUAGCCAGCAGAGGCUGCUUAUUGUCUGUCAUUUUGAUGGACAGGGUCGUAAAAAUUCUGCCAUAAUCUAUCAUCACUUGUCAUUUUAAUUUUCAUUUGUUAAAGAUAAUAAGACAUAUUUAAUAGCAGUUAAUUUUCAUUCAUUCAUUUUAUUCAUAAAUAAUAUACAGAGCAGACUUAUAUCCAUUUAUAAGGACAUGGAAAGAAAGGAUUAGCAGAGACAAUGACCGUGCCGUAAUUUAUUAUGUCAACACCACAAAAACCAAAUAAAUGUGUUUUUUUCCGCAGUGACAUACAUAACAUAGUUUGCCCCAUAAGAUUAGCUGCUGCUGGCUGAUAAACGUUAUCAGUAGGCUAUAGAUGGUUUUCUAAUUAAGUUCAGGAACCAAGUUCCUGGGCCAUCUCUACCUGGAACUUUUGUAGCUCCUGGCCACUUUCAUGUGUUGCUUUCUCACCACAGGAUGAACAAAUCGUUUAUUUGUUGGUUCUUAGGGGUAUCAAUUACGAUAAAAAUGGGACGCAGCUUUUUAUUUAUAUUUAAUUUAUUCGAUGUGACAUGUUUAUAAUUCAUUAUUAAAUCUGACCAGCAGAUCAAUCUUUCAUUUUUCAUACAAUAAAAACAUUAUUCCGCCAAUAAGUGCUGGCAAGUUUCACCACCGGCACCCGGCAAUAUUAGACAAAGGUAUAUGGGCUAAAUCGAUCCACCGGCACCUGGCAAUCUUAGGCAAAGGUAUAUGGGCUAAAUCGAUCCACCGGCACCUGGCAAUAUUAGACAAAGGUAUAUGGGCUAAAUCGAUCCACCAGCACCUGGCAAUCUUAGGCAAAGGUAUAUGGGUUAUAUCGAUCAACUUUUCUGAUGCAGAAGUAUGGAGAUGCAAGGAAAGGGAUAUUGAUUAAUACAUUAAAGUAGCUGAGGUACAGCAAUAAUUCCAUCUGCUCAAUUUUUGCUUCCAUCGCUUUUCCCUGCACUUCCACAUAACUUCCAAAUUAGCCCUGGUGCUUGUUGUCAACCAUUCAGCAAGUUUAUCUGUAUAAGUCAACGACAUCAUGCACAUGAGAUCAAAGACAAGAUUAGAGAAUAGCAAAUUAAGAGACUUGGUGGAGACUCGCCGCCAACUGGACAGGGAUACAAAUUACUUAAAGCAACGGUACAUCUUCAGGGUGCUAAUCUGUGAAAAUGACGGACAGCCUUCAGACUAGUAACUGAUGGAAAGCGAAUAAUGUGAAUUCAAUUUACCAAUAUCAGGGCGUAAUCUACAGGCUACCUUCAGAAGACCAGGAUGAUUCUUGGUUACUAAGGAUUUUAUAGAUGAGUAGAUUUAAAUUAUAUGUCAGCAAGGUUAACAUGCGGCAGAUAUAUGCCUAACAAAUAAACAUUUUUGUAUCUAUGUAAAUUGAAUGUUAUAUUACCUGUGAGCUUCUACUUUUGCUAGGGAUGGCAAUGUUUUUGACAGCGUUAGUUUGAAAAUACUGGACAUAAGAUAUGUAUUGAUUCAGUCUGCUGGGCAAAAUCAUUCUUCAAUUCAAUUUAUUUUUAUAUAGCGCCUUUCACAACAGUGUCACCCCAGGGCACUUUACAUGGGUGUGCUGUGAAACAUUCCUACAACAUUUCCACAGAAAAAUAAAAAACAGGGAAAUGGGAAGACAAAGAACUGAAAGAAAGCCAGAUAUCAACAGAGGAGAGGAACCGAAAAUUCCCAAUUAAGGAGAAAAAAAACAUCUUAGGGUCCCAGGACAACUGGCUGCCCAACCCACAGCAUGGGUGAUCAGAACAUUAAAUUAAUGGACAAGCACAGCAGAUCAGAUGGGGAUGUACGGCAGCACCAGCAGCCAUAAUUACAAUGAGUUAUGUGUUAAGUUAUGGAUCAGCUAAUCUGAAGUAAUAGGUCUUUAUUGUGAAAACAAUGUUAUUACUUUUUUUUGUUGGGGGGGGGCUUCUGUGAAAUAUAUAUAUCUUUUCUGAAAGAAAGUUACUUGUAAUUGCUUAUUUUUUAAAUUACACUAAACCUGAAACUGUAUAGCAUGAAUUGUGCAGAUAUUAACUUUUCAUUUCAAGCAAAUUUCUUGUAAAGAAGAUUAAAACUUCUUGUUCAUUGUU